UUUCGCAUCAAUCUCUUCCGUCUUAUCAUUACUUUCUUCGCUAUUAUUCUCUCUCUCUAAAGCUUUCUCUCUCUAGAUUUCUAAGCUUUCUGCCAUGGAGACGGAGCGCGUGACCGGUUUUCCGUUGACGAAUCUUGACCGACGGCCAAGAAAGAGGGCGCGUCUGGGCUGGGAUGUUCUCCCUGAACCACCUAAGGCUCAGCUAGGAUUGUUUUGUGGACAAGAUGUUGGGAAUGUGACAAGCUAUGCAUCUUCAAGGCAACUCACUGACCUUACUAGUGCUCCCUUUACUAUUAAGGAAGUGGCUCAAAAUGGUUCACCCCCUCGGAGAGAAGAUGACAAGGAUGGACAUUUUGUGUUUGAGCUGGGAGAAAAUUUAACAUCACGCUAUAAGAUCCACAGUAAGAUGGGUGAAGGUACUUUCGGUCAGGUCCUAGAAUGCUGGGAUCGUGAAAGGAAAGAAAUGGUGGCUAUAAAAAUUGUUCGGGGUAUGAAGAAGUAUCGUGAUGCAGCAAUGAUUGAGGUUGAAAUGCUUCAACAGCUUGGUAAACAUGACAAUGGCAAUCGUUGCGUACAAAUAUGGAACUGGUUUGACUAUCGUAAUCAUAUCUGUAUUGUCUUUGAGAAGCUUGGACCAAGCUUAUAUGAUUUCCUUCGGAAAAACAAUUACCGUUCAUUUCCCAUUGAUCUUGUCCGUGAGAUUGGAAGACAACUGUUGGAUUGUGUAGCAUUUAUGCAUGAUUUGCGCCUUAUCCAUACUGACCUGAAGCCUGAGAACAUACUUCUCACCUCCCCAGAAUAUGUAAAGGUUCCUGACUACAAGGUGUCUUCUAGGUCACCAAAAGAUGGUUCUUACUAUAAAAGAAUCCCAAAAUCAAGUGCUAUAAAGGUAAUUGAUUUUGGUAGCACUACAUACGACCGUCAGAAUCAGACAUAUGUUGUGUCAACUCGUCAUUACCGUGCACCUGAAGUUAUUCUAGGUCUUGGAUGGUCCUAUCCUUGUGAUAUAUGGAGUGUUGGCUGUAUCCUUGUGGAACUUUGUUCGGGAGAAGCAUUGUUUCAAACACACGAGAAUUUAGAACACCUUGCUAUGAUGGAGAAAGUACUGGGCCCUCUGCCUCAGCACAUGCUGAAAAGAGUGGACCGUCAAGCGGAGAAGUAUGUUAGAAGAGGAAGGUUGGACUGGCCUGAGGGGGCAACUUCCCGGGAUAGUAUUAAAGCUGUGUUGAAGUUGGCCCGUCUUCAGAACAUAAUCAUGCAGCAUGUGGAUCACUCUGCUGGUGAUCUUAUUAAUCUUUUGCAAGGACUUCUUAGAUAUGAUCCUUCAGAAAGAUUAACUGCUCGGGAAGCCUUGCGGCAUCCAUUCUUCACUCGUGAUCAUCUUAGGAGAUAGAUUAAGUUUUUUGUCUUUUCUUUUUACUCGUGUGCACUCAAUGCCAUUGCCCCUCCAACCUUGAAUGCCAUUUGAUGUGGUGGUGACCGGAAGCCAACUCUGUUGGCUCAUUGUGGUGUUGGGUGAAUUUGAUGCUUGCCCCUGUGUAAAUAAAUCCAGAAUACUGGUUUUUUCGGGGUAUUCUUGUAUUAUUAUAUACUACUAGGUUAAGGCUGUUGUGGAAGUCCCACCAUUGUGUGUAUAAAGAUGAUAUCUAACCCUCAAUUACUAACAAACAAAAAUUGAAUUUAAGGAUGGAGUUUGCUUUCGUACUUGAGUUGUGA